AUGCAAAUUCUUCUUGAGGAAGUUCUUCGCAAUCCACGACUUAACGUCUCCAAUAGAAAGGUGGCAUUCCAACUUUCCAGGGAGAUGAUGAAUGAUCAACUAGUUGAAUCUAGAGUCGACUUAGCGCUACUCAUGACUCCUACACAGGUUCCGUCGAAGGAGAAUUUUGACACCAUUCCAGCACUGGAUAUAGCAGAAGAGUUAACUUACCUCGAUUUUCAUAUAUUUCGUUCCAUUAAGACUGAAGAACUGUUGAAUCAAGUCUGGAUGAAGGAUGGGAAGGAGACUAAAGCUCCUCAUGUUAUGUUAGUGACAAAACGUUUCAAUGAGGUCAGCAAGCUGGUUGUCUCUGAAAUUAUAUCAAGACCGGAAGUCCCCGAUCGCGCUACUUGUAUUGAAAAGUGGGUUGCAAUCGCUGAUAUCUGUCGCUGCUUGCAGAAUUACAAUGGUGUUCUCCAGAUCUGUGCUGCUUUAGAAAGUAGCUCCAUUCACAGACUCAAAAAUACUUGGGAAGUAGUUGCCAAGCCAUCAAGACAAUCAUUUGAGAAGCUUCUCAACCUUGUGGCAGCGUCAGCUAGGUUCAAGAACAUGAGAGAGAUGCUGCAUAGAUGCGAUCCACCAUGCAUUCCAUACCUGGGAAUGUAUUUAACCGACUUGUCAUUUAUUGAAGAAGGAGCUCUUGAUAUAACUGAGCAUGGACUGAUCAACUUCUGCAAAAUGAGGAUGUUGGCACAUGUUCUAAUGGAAAUACGGCGAUAUACACAGACGCCUUAUAUGAUUGAACUUAGACAGGAGGUUGUUGAUUACCUUCUGGACCCAACAAGGUUACUCAGUGAUGAUCAGACUUAUGAAGCCUCAUUAACUAUUGAACCAAGGCGAACAUUCAAUAAAUCACCACAGCAACAAACAACUCCUUCGACCUCCGUUGCAGCCCCAAGCACACAGUAUGAGGAUAAAUAA